CGCAAUUAAAUACCUCCGGGCGCAUUGAGCGAUUCGCGCAAAGGUACUAAAGUCUCAACGUUCGUUGCCACUACUAUCAUGCUGGUGUGGCGCGCUGUCAUCGUGACUAUCAUCGGACUACAUGCACUCACUACCUAUGGCGUUACAACUGUUGCGGCGACGAGUUCCAAGACACUCGAAGUUGGACCUUUGACCACCGGAGAGACGGCCAAUGAGAACUCGAAGAGAUUCCUAAGAAAGGAAAGCGCCGAGAAGAAUGGAGCCGCCAACGAAGAAAGAGACUUCAAAGAGACUGUUCGAUUGGCCCUCUUGAAGCUCAAGAUCCCCUACUGGGUUAUUACGGGCAAGGAUUCAUCUCAGGUCCGCAAAAGCUUAAAGAUAACGUACCCAUACAUCGAACACAAGAACUGGGAAGUAUCGAAGAGCUUCGAUAAUGUCAAGGACAAGAUCGAAAAGAGCCUCUACCCCGUGGGAAGGAACAUGCCCUAAGCUACGCCUUUCGUUUUUCAGUUCCUAAGUUCCCAGUAUUUUUGUAUGGGAAUACUGUUUAGACGAAGGGUUGUAAGUUUACACGCGUGAAAGAGUAAGAUCUACCAUAUUAAUGUAAGACAUACUUGUUUACCAAUAUCCAUAUCGAU